AUGGCACACAGAUUGGCAGCCCCCAAGCUGGUGACCCUCCUCCUUCUGGGCGCUCUCCUUCGCUACACCACCUUCACCCUGGGCGCCAACUCCACGCAGACCGACGGAGUCAUCUUCCAGAGCAACGUGUUCCAGGCCUCGAAGGUGGUCGGCCGCCAGGACUACUUCGACCAGACCGUUCUCAUGCUCUUCGCCAAGAACGAGACCUACGCGUGGCUCACCUGGUGGGGCUUCUGUGGCAGCAGCCGCGGCCACCUCGAGUACUUUGACGUACUCCAGGACGCCAUCAAGGGGACCUCGUUCGCGGGCCUCGUACGUAUGUCCGACGGCCGCCCGGCCCAGCUCUGGGAGUACCGGUCGCCCAGCUUCAGCGACUGGGUGCGCCGUGUGUGGGUGACCAACGACACGCGUCAGGAGCCGCUCCGGGCAUGCUCCUACUGGGCCUACGACAACACGGGCUACGAUGUGGAGUUCACGGGCGUGAGCGCAGGGGGGUCGCCGGACGACUUCAAGCCGGCCGGCUCGUGCUCGGUCCCGUCCGUCGUCGUCACCGGCCACCACGGCUUCGACUCGAAUGCAGUGGAGCCGAAGGAGAUGCUGGCUGGCCGCCGUGCGAGCGAGGCCAUCACCGAGGCGAGCUUAAUGGCCAGGAAGCUGAGAAAGGAUUAA